UUUGGCUCCAAGGUGUCAGAGAGUGGCUGGGAUGCGCUGAAUUCCGCUUCUGGCUCUGUACAAGGUGAGGCCCGCGGCCGGGCCUGGAUCUAGUAGCAGUAAGUUCCACCGGCUUUUGGGCCAGCCACGGGGGGGAGCGGUCUCCCAGGAGUCAGCCCCGAGGGGACGUCUAGUCAAAGUACAAGCCCCUCAUUACAUAACAAGCCUGGCCCUCCCAGAGUGUCCCUCUUCCUCACCUGGGUCUAGUUUUUCAGGGGUUCAAAAUGCUUUAUUGUUAAUGGCAGCGCUAGAUGCGGUGGGGCUGUGGGGGGGAGGCAGCAGCGGGGGGAAGGCUGGACUCUGAAAACCAGAGCCCUGUGAAAGAUUGAGGAGGGAGGAAGUCACAGACUAGGAACCACUAGACCCCACUUCCCUUUGGUGCUGGGAAGAGAACCCAGGUGUCCUGACUCCCUCUCUUCCAACCAUUCCCUCCUAGAGCCAGGACUAGAACCCAGGUGUCCAGACAACCCCCUCUCCUCAGGGGUGUUUCCCCUCCAGCCUGGCAGGGCCUGGUUUUGCCGCCCUGCUUGCCAUUGGCACGGCCGCUGGAGGAAGGAGUGGAAGGAAUGUGCUUGCCCGGCCCCAGUCCCAGACGGCGCCGGGCGCUCUCCUGUCAGCACCAGUGCUGAUUUAUCCUCGGGGCCUGUGACGCUGCGUGCAAUCCCCUGCCGCAGCCCGUUCCAUACGCGGCAGGCCUAAGCCGGGAACCAGACGGCUGCUCUUCCCCUCCGCCCCCAAAUUCUUCUUCCUCCUUCGCUGACCUUUCCCUCGGCAUUCCCGGAACGCCAGCACAAGUGGAAGCAGCUGAGCGCCAGUCCCGGGGCUCCUACCUGCCCCACAGCCGGAGCAUGAUGGAGAUUCCCCAUGGCCCUGACCUACCCACUCACUCUGGGCUCUGUGGUAGAUCUUGAGCUAAGCAGCAUCCACUCAGAGCUGAACUUGGAGGGGAGUGUGUCCAGCUGCCAGCCGUGGCGCGGAGAUGACAGGCCCUGUGGCUGCUAGUUAAGGGGGACACGUGCUAGAAACCUCUAGGAUUUUCCAGCAGGAGUCUCCGUCAGCGCUGGAUUUGGGGAGUGGGAUGGGAGCUGCGCAUGGAGCACUGUCCUGUGUCGGCCCAGACUCUGCUGCUCUGGGGUGCAGGAGGCACGGCUGGCUCAGGCCGGGGCUAGGAAGCCCUCGGGGGGUUGCUGCUGCGGGAGCAGCAGAGGCCGGCUGAGCACGUGUGCGCAUUAAAGACUCCAGACUCUUCCUGCAGAGCUGGUGUCUGGCCAAAAUCCCAGCCGCUCCUUCCACUACAGCCCUGUAAUCGCAGUCUGCAGUUGCCCGCUGGCCAGCAGUCUGCCGUGCUCCACCCAGAGCUGGGCGAGUGACCCAGGCAGACACUUCCCUUAUUUGACUACAUGGGUCAGACAAGAAUCCUAAAAACAGUGGGCUGGAUGGGCCCUCGAGCCAUCCAGCUCCCCCCCCCGGCGCUGAGGCAGGACCGGGUGAACCUAGGCCAUCCCUGACAAGUGUCCAUCCAACCUGUUCUGGAACCCCUCCAAUGAUGGAGAUCCUGCAGCCCUGCAAGUUAGAAAGGUUUCCCUAACAUGUCACCCAAAUCUCCCUGAGAGGAGCAGGAGCUUUCUAACACCAGAGAGAUUUAAGCUUUGAACUGGGGGUCCAAGCAGCUGGUCUGAGGGCUGUGGGAACCCCAAGCGGGAUGAGGGGUACUGGGGUGCGAGGGCCAAGCCUGGGCAGAGGAUGGCAAAGGAAAUCGAGCAGAGCCAGGAAGCAUUAGAGGCUGUGGCAUGGGGGAGCCCAGUUGCUGAGUGCCAUGCAGGCCACGGCAUAGGCACCGGGGAUGGGGCAGGUGACAUAAGGGGGAUUUUCUCUCUGAUUCAGCCCCAGGCUGUGCUGGGGGGAGACAGAAGCAGAGGGGAAAGCCCUCGAGCCCCUGCUCCCCGAGGCUGGGCUGGCUCCGGAGUUUACGGAAGAUGCGUCUACAUGGAGCAGGGCGCACAGCUCUGGGGAAGUGACCUGCUCUCCGCUUGGCCGAGGCUGCCACACGCAGCGAGCUGUCGGUUCCGGGGAACAGCCGGCACCAGUGCUAGGCAGCCUCCAGCCUUGGGCUGUACGGCCCCAAGCCACCUUCUAGCUUCCCAUCCAAAGCCACUUUGGGGCCUGGCCUGAAAAAUGGGCCCCUUCCAAUGUCCGGCUACCUGUCACCCCGAGGGCUCAAUCCAGCGCCCCCAGCUCUUAGGGUCAAAGGGGUUUGGGUGCCUAACAGGGGCUUCCACCCAUCUCUUCCUCUCCUCUUUAUCUGGCACCGGGAGCUGAGGGCCUGAUUCUGCCAGCAGUCCACAGGGCAGGGGGAGCUGCAGUGACUUCUCGGGAACCGCUGCACAGGCCUUCCAGGGUCUGCCCCCGAAUCAGGGAGAGAUGGGGGAGAAGGCAAAGUGCUCGGGGGAGGAAAUCUGGCCGAGGGAGACCGCUGCCCCGCACUGCCUCCUCUAGGCCCACAAUGGGAGGGUGGGCCGUGGUGACUGCCCCGAGCUGCACUGUGGGGAAGGGAGAAGUUCAAGCCAGCUGAGCACUGCUGCCUCGCACAGCCGGGAGAGGGAAACCUGCCUGACCCGCAGCGUGGAACCAAGUCAAGCCCAGUAAAUCCCGGCUCCAUCCCAUCCACCAGGGCCAGGAAUCCCCCCUUUCCGGCCGUCUCGCCAGACAGACACAGGCCCGGGCAGCCUGGCUGGCCAGGCGCACUCACACUUUACUAGCAGUCUGUUACCAGCCGGCUCAGCGUGUUACCCCAGCCCACCCCUGCUGCGACCCUGUAAUUUAUGUACAAUCCCCUUUCUGUCUCCCCCCUCCCCCCCGAGGGAUUUGCACAGCAGAUCUGGGUGUAAUCAAGUCCAGGAAUUUCCAUUCAAGUAUCCUGGGCUUUUUUUUUCCCCCCAAGAUUUUUGGUUAACCCUUUCAGACGGGGAGAGGAGGAGGAGGGUUUAACCCCAUCCCAGCUCCCCAAACCCCACCACUCCAUUGUCGCUUUCAGUCCAAUACCCUGGGGCCGGAGUGACUUGAGCGGGUUCAAUCUACCUUUGCUGAGUGCACUUCGCGGCUGCUGUUCCUCGCCGAGCCAGCUCAGCCCGCAAGCAUUGUACCGUCCAGAGGCAAAGCCUCUGUCCCGACGGCAGGAGAGAGACCGGCUCGCAUGCAGGGAUCAAGAUACCAACGCCAGAGACUCUGCUGGGAGUGAGUCUCCUUCCACCCGCCUGGCAUUUGGCCCAGCAUGGAAUGUUUCAAGGGUUACGAAGAGUUAACGCUGGCCUUGCCAACCCCCCGGGCCAUCCCAAGGAGGAUAUAAAUUAAGAGAUGAGCCACCUUCCUUUCAGAAGCCAACCCGGCUUAAUUGGGGAAGGAUGGACUCAUCCCAGCUCCUCUGCAGCAUCUCGCUCCUCCUCCUGGUCAGACCCACUGUCUCCCAGCCAGUGGAAGGCAAGAGGCCCCUGCUGAUGGAAGAGCCACAGCCGGGUACCAGCAUCGGGGACCUGCUCUGGGGGCUCCUAGAGACGCACAUGCCAAAGGGACCUUCCCUGCACAUCCCGGAUGACCCUAGAAACCUGCUGCCCUACGCCUCCCCCGGGCCGGCCAAGCGCCGUCAAAAACGGAGGCUGCUGGCUGGCAGCCGCUUGUGGGAGCAGCCAGAGGAGCAGGAGUGCCGACUGCGGAGUUUGCUGCUGCGCGUCAAGGAUCUGGCCCUGGGCUACGACUCCGAGGAGACCAUCCUGUUCAAGUAUUGCAGCGGGAGCUGCCCCAAGGCCCGCACCAACCACGACCUGACGCUCUCCAUGCUGCUCCAGAAGAGCGAGAUCCCGGCCCUGGGCGAUGAGAAGAUCGUUGGCGACCCCUGCUGCCGGCCAACGCACUACGAGGACGUGGCCUUCCUAGACAACAGCCACCAGUGGCACGAGGUGGAGAAGCUCUCGGCUUCUGCCUGCUCCUGCGUGGGCUGAUGCUGCUGGCGGGAGGGUAUGUCAGCAGGGUGUGCGUAGCUCCAGUGUUAAAGCAGUCAGUGUUUCUUCCUCCCACACCCUAGAACCCGUAGCCUGAGAGAAGACCAAACUCCACCCCACAGAUCCCACAGAAUGGGGGCCAUGACUUAUGCCCCUUGAAGGGCACCCUCUAGGGGUGGGAGAAGGGAACUGCUACUACCACUACCGGGGAGUCAAUCAAAACAACAAUGGCGUUCACUUCACAAUACCAGGCCAACCCACUUCUUCCACUCAGCCGCCAGUCCCACCCUGUUUCUUUGCAUUACUGAGAUGCUAGCUUGUUUGCUAAGGCCUGGAACCUCAAAGGCAUUUAGGCUCCUAACUUCCAAUGGGAGUCAGGAGCCUAAAUACCUUGGAGGAUCAGAGACUGAGAACCUGCCUGGAGGAGGCGUGCAUGGCUCAUCUACACGCAGGUGCAGGGGGACAGCUGGAUGAUACAAGAGAUAUUUAUGGAUUCCUAAGUUAUUUAUUUAUUUGGUAUCUUCCGCUAAGGGCAGGGAGGGCCAGGGAUCUCAUUCCUGCCACCUCCCUACCUGAGCUUGUUAGAAUCCCUUUUUAAUUUAUUUGCUUCUUUCCGCUAGUAGAGAGUCGGGGAUUGUAUUUGUUUGCUCGUUUUCAGGCAUGUCUUGGGAACGGCUGAAAUGUACAUGGUGGUUUCAGACUAAUAAAAACCAUGUAACUAAUCAAAAGACGUGUGGCUAUUUUGUGGGACAGAUGGGCAAGGAUUACUCCCUUUGAG